CUAAGAAUUGAAACUUACGUUGAGAUAAACAGUUCUAACCAUUCUGAUUUUGUUAAACGUUCGUUUUAGGACAUAAUUUUGUGAAGAGGUUAUAUUUGAAUAGUUUCAGUGUUUCAAAAUGCGUGAAAUAGUGCAUGUACAGGCCGGACAGUGUGGAAAUCAAAUUGGUUCCAAGUUCUGGGAGAUUAUAUCAGAUGAACAUGGCGUCGAUCCCAACGGUAAUUACAUCGGGGAAAGUGAUUUGCAACGCGAAAGGAUAAAUGUUUACUACAAUGAAGCUUCAGGAGGUAAAUACGUGCCACGAGCUGUGCUUGUGGAUCUGGAGCCAGGGACCAUGGACUCCGUGAGGUCAGGACCUUACGGGCAGCUGUUCCGCCCAGAUAACUUCGUCUUUGGGCAGAGUGGGGCGGGUAACAACUGGGCAAAAGGCCAUUACACUGAAGGCGCAGAACUAGUCGACUCAGUAAUGGACGUCAUUAGAAAGGAGGCUGAGGGCUGCGACUGUCUACAAGGUUUCCAACUGACCCACUCUCUGGGCGGAGGCACAGGAUCCGGUAUGGGUACGCUGCUACUGAGUAAGAUCCGUGAAGAGUUUCCAGACAGAAUUAUGAACACUUUUAGUGUUGUACCUUCACCUAAAGUGAGCGAAGUAGUCCUAGAGCCAUAUAAUGCCACAUUAUCGGUACAUCAGCUUGUGGAGAACACAGACAUGUCAUUUUGUAUCGACAACGAGGCGUUGUAUAAUAUUUGCUUCAGGACUUUAAGACUAACCAGUCCAAGUUACGGUGAUUUGAACCAUUUGAUCUCGCUGACGAUGUCCGGUGUGACAACCUGCUUCCGGUUCCCCGGCCAGCUGAACGCGGACUUGCGGAAGCUCGCUGUGAACAUGGUGCCUUUCCCUAGACUGCAUUUCUUUAUGCCAGGUUUCGCGCCAUUAACAGCGAGAUCCUCAUUCCACUACCGCCCGCAGACUGUACCUGAACUGAUGAGUCAAAUGUUCAACUCUGGCAACAUGAUGACGGCAGCCGACCCUCGUCACGGCAGGUACCUGACUGUUGCCACCAUAUUCCGGGGAAGGAUGUCCAUGAAGGAGGUCGACGAACAAAUCUUAGCGAUUCAGAAUAAGAAUUCCAGCUAUUUCGUGGAAUGGAUUCCUAACAACUUGAAGGUAGCAGUCUGUGAUAUCCCUCCUCGCGGCUUGAAGAUGUCAGCGACGUUCAUCGGAAACAGCACAGCAAUUCAGGAGAUAUUCAAACGUAUAAGCGAACAGUUCACCGCUAUGUUCAGGAGAAAGGCCUUCCUCCACUGGUACACCGGCGAGGGUAUGGAUGAGAUGGAGUUCACAGAAGCAGCGAGCAACAUGGCCGACCUCAUAUCAGAAUAUCAACAAUAUCAGGAAGCGAUGGUUGAUGAUGAUGACGUUUUCGACGAAGAAGAGGAAUUGGCGCAAGAGGAGUAUGCUGAACAGGCUUAAAUAUAAGAUACAUUGAACUGUAUGUAUUAAAAAACCUGUCCGAUUUAUUAAGGGGCUGUAGAGUCGGGUCAAAUGAUUAAAUACUUAUGAUUGAUGGAAGAAAAUAUAGAAAAGGAUAUCCCACAACCAAUUUAAUUAAUUUAAAAUAAUAUCAUACAGAGUAUUUCUGGCAACACUGAAAACUAUGUAUCUGUUCUAAAGUACCUGUAUUAAAAGUACAUAUAUACUAAUGGACAUGCCUUAGAGAUGAGAAUUGUAGCACUCCGAAAGAAAGAGAGGAAACGAAGUUUUGUCUAUCUUUAUCUCUUACCGAAAGUAUAGGCCAUCUCUCUCACUCUUUUCAAACCAAAAAUUUACAGCAGAUUAUAAGCGUACGGCAUAUGUUGAUGACUAAAAUAAUAUGUUUAAUGUAAUAUUAUUUUUAUCACGUCUUGCAAGUCACUUAUAUUAUGUCCUUCAAGGAUCAGACAGGGUUUUUAACACAUACUAUAUAAUCCACGCAAAUUAUUAACAGAAAGUAAAUUUAUACCAUUUAUGGAAAAAUUACGUCAUUUCGAAAAACAGACACAAAACAAAAUGGCGGACUGUAGUUAGUAAUUAGCGAGGAUUAUAAUAAAUUAUGUAAAAUGCUUUUUUUAUAUUUUACAAGCGAAUAACUUGGAUAAACCAUUUUAAUUAAUUUUACGAAUUGUAAAGCAAACGUGUUGAAAGCUUAUUUUACCCGUCUAGAAAGUGACCGUGUUGAGA